AUGAGCCGCCCAGGACUGCUCGCCGUCCUGCUCCUGGCCGUGCCGGCCACCUCCCUUCCUGUGACAAACGACAUGAAUAAAGGCGACACUAAGGUGAUGAAAUGCAUUGUAGAGGUCAUCUCUGAUACUUUAUCGAAGCCAAAUCCUCUGCCGAUCAGCGAGGAAUGCCUAGAAACACUCAGAGGAGAUGAACGAAUCAUUUCUAUCCUUCGCCACCAAAAUUUAUUGAAGGAACUUCAGGAAAUUGCUGCUCAAGGUGCCAAUGAGAGAACUCAGCAGCAGAAGAAAAACAGUGGCUUUGAAGAUGAACUUUCCGAAGUCCUUGAAAGUCAGAAUGACAAGAACAAGCGGAGAGAUGCAGCAGGGGAGCGCCCUGAAGAGGAGCAGCCCACGGGGUCCCUGGCUGAGCUGGCAGCACAGAAAACCCAGCAAAAUGAAGAUUCAAGAGAGGAGGGAAAGAACAGCCUGGAGGAGAGGGACCCCAGGCCACGGGAUGCCGACCCUGGCGAGAAGGAAGAUCGGGAGGAAGCAGAGAGCAAUGAGAUCGGGAACACAGAGGAUGCCCAGCGAAACGAAGCUUUGGACAACCACAUCAGCAAAGACUUCAGCAAGGAUGAGCAGCAGCAGCAAGGGGAUGAAGAGGAGCAGCCCAGAGGCCCCAGGGACAGCCUGGAGCUUGAGGACGAGGGAGAGCAGCCAUCCAGGCAGGGCCAGGAGCAGAGCAAGGAGGCGACAGGGGAGCGUGUGGAGCGGGAGGAUGACGGAGGAGACGAUGCUGCAGAGGAGGACCCUACCGAAGCAGAGAGGUCAUUUGAUUUGGCUGAGGAGGACGAGGAGGCUGAAGAGAUGCAGGGAGACGACAAUAACGACGAUGCUCUGGGAUUUGGCAAGGACGGGCAGAGCUUGGAGGAGGAGGAGGAGGAGGAGGAAGAGCAGCCCCGGGCACUGAGAGGAGGAAGGCAUCACCUGGAGGAUGAGGGGAUGCAGGGGGAGGAAGACACCUUCCAGCCCAGGGAUGCCAAAAGCACGGAGAUGGAGGAGGAGUCCUCCAGGGAGUGGGAAGACUCCAAGAGGUGGAACAAAAUGGAUGAGCUGGCCAAGCAGCUGACAUCAAAGAAGCGCAUGGAGGAAAAUGAUAGUGGGGAAGACCCAGACAGGUCCAUGAAAAUGGCAUUUAGGUCCCGCAAGUAUGACUUCAGUAGUCCAGAGGAAGAUGUGAGAAGGUCAUGGAAGCAUCACUCGAAGGAGGACAGCAGUGAAGGAGGCUUCCCGCUUGCUCCCCUGCCCGAAGAAAAGAAGGAUGAGGAAGGCAGUGCUAACAGGAGAAUGGAGGACCAGGAGCUGGAGAGCCUGGCCGCCAUCGAGGCCGAGCUGGAGCGCGUCGCCCACAAGCUGCACGAGCUGAGGCGAGGCUGA